AUGGCCCAGAACCACGAGGAUACCGUGGCCGAGCUCCACGAGACGUUGGGUGAGCUCGAGAAGAAGCAGCCGUUGUCAGAGAAGACUGAUGCCGAAUCCGGCCCUACUCCUGACGGCGCUGAGCCCAAUGAGUACGAGAAGAGCACCCUGAAGCGUGUUGGCGAGAGCCUGCCCGCUUCGGCCUUCCUCAUUGCCGUCGUUGAGCUCACGGAGCGCUUCACCUACUACGGCGCCCAGGGUCUGUUCCAAAACUACAUCAGCAAUGAUGCGAACGGUCUGGAUGGCCCCAAGGGUCUCGGUAUGGGUCACCAGGCUGCUACUGGUCUGAACUUGUUCUUCCAAUGGUUCUGCUAUGUCACGCCCAUCCUGGGUGCUAUCAUUGCUGACCAGUACCUCGGCAAGUACAAGACCAUUUUGGUUUUCUGUGCUUUCUACUGGGUCGGUCUCGUCAUUCUCUGGACAACCUCGCUGCCCGUUGCUAUGGAAAAUGGUGCUGGCAAGGCAGGAUACAUCGUCUCGAUUAUCGUGAUCGGUCUCGGUACCGGUGGCAUUAAGUCCAACAUCGCUCCUCUGAUCGCUGACCAGUACCAACGUCGUGUUAUGGCCGUGAAGACUGAGGCCAACGGCGAGCGCGUCAUCAUCGACCCCGCCGUUACAUACCAGCGCAUCUACAUGAUCUUCUACUGGUGCAUCAACUUGGGAUCUUUGUCUUUGAUGGCUACUCCCUUCAUGGAGAAGUACAAGGGAUUCUGGACUGCCUACUUGAUGUGCUUCUGCGUUUUCAACGUUGGCAUUGCGACGCUGGUGUUGCGCCGCAAGACGUUCGUCAACCGUCCUCCCCAGGGCUCAGUCAUCACCGACGCUUUCAAGGCCCUUGGUCUGAUGAUCGCUUCCCGGAACAUGGAUGCCGCCAAGCCCUCUUGGCGUGCCGCGCAUGGAAAGGAGAAGCCUGUGCCCUGGAACGACCACUUCAUUGAUGAGCUGAAGAGAGCUCUCAGAGCCUGCAAGGUCUUCGUGUUCUACCCGAUCUUCUGGGUCUGCUACGGACAGUUCUCGACCAACUUCGUCACCCAGGCCGGCCAGAUGGAAGGUCACGGCAUGCCGAACGACUUCAUGCAGAACUUCGACCCCAUCUCCAUUCUGGUCUUCACGCCGAUCCUCGACAAGCUCGUCUACCCCCUCUUGCGUAAGGCCGGUAUCGAGUUGAAGCCCAUUGUCCGCAUCACCAUUGGUUUCUGGCUCGGCGCUCUUUGCAUGGCAUACGCAGCCAUCGUGCAGCACCUGAUCUACAAGGCCGGCCCCUGCUACGAUGCCCCCGGUGCAUGCCCCGAGGGCAUGAGCAACGGCGCGUCUCUCCCCAACCACGUGCACAUUGCCGUCCAGACACCCGCCUACGUCUUCAUCGGACUUUCUGAGAUUUUCAUCUCCGUCACCGGUCUCGAGUAUGCCUACACCAAGGCCCCGCCGAGCAUGAAGUCGUUCGUUCAGAGUAUCUACCUGUUCACCAACGCCUUCGGCUCUGCCAUUUCUGAGGCGCUGGUUUCCGUGGCCGUCGACCCCAAGUUCUUGUGGAUGUACACUGGCGUGGCGUGCUCCUCUUUCGUUGUUGGAAUCAUCUUCUACUUCACUUUCCGUCAUUACGAUGCCGAGGAGGACGCGAUGUAUGCGUUGGACCGUGACCAACCUGUCUUGACUCACAACGGCGUCAAGAACCCCGAGUCCGAAGAGUAG